AUUCUGCAGCAGCUCCUGUGUUUCUGCAGCAGCUUGUUUCUUGUUGUCUCUAACAUGCAGAAGAGAAGGAAGCCAGAACCGAUCCAACUCAACCCGAUCCCCGAUGGAAACACCAUCAACGGCACCGGAGCCACAGAAACAAAUUUGGAGGCCCUCCAGAAGAAACUAGAAGAGCUUGAGUUGGAUGAGCAGCAGCGAAAACGCCUGGAGGCCUUUCUGACACAGAAGCAGAAGGUGGGAGAGCUGAAGGACGAUGACUUUGAGAAGAUCUGUGAGCUGGGCGCCGGCAACGGAGGAGUCGUCUUCAAGGUCUCCCACCGACCCUCCGGGCUGAUUAUGGCGAGGAAGUUGAUCCACCUGGAGAUCAAACCAGCCAUUCGGAACCAGAUCAUUAGGGAGCUGCAGGUGCUGCAUGAGUGUAAUUCCCCCUACAUUGUGGGCUUCUACGGAGCUUUUUACAGCGACGGAGAAAUCAGCAUCUGCAUGGAGCAUAUGGACGGUGGCUCCCUGGACCAGUCACUGAAGAAGGCAGGCAAGAUCCCAGAGGAGAUCCUUGGCAAAGUCAGCAUCGCUGUCAUUAAAGGGCUCGCCUACCUGAGGGAGAAACACAAGAUCAUGCACAGAGAUGUCAAGCCUUCUAACAUCCUUGUGAAUUCCCGCGGUGAGAUCAAGCUGUGCGAUUUUGGAGUGAGCGGACAGCUCAUAGACUCCAUGGCCAACUCCUUUGUGGGCACACGCUCCUACAUGUCGCCGGAGCGUUUGCAGGGAACCCAUUACUCUGUUCAGUCGGACAUCUGGAGUAUGGGUCUGUCCCUGGUUGAAAUGGCAAUUGGGCGCUUCCCGAUCCCACCGCCUGAUGCUAAGGAACUGGAACAGAUUUUUGGCUACCCAGUAGAAGGGGAGGCAGCCUGCAGCGAGUCCUCCCCAAAGCCACAACCCCCCGGGCGACCAGGCAGCUCAUACGGACCUGACAGACCACCAAUGGCUAUAUUCGAGCUGCUUGAUUACAUAGUCAAUGAGCCUCCACCAAAGCUGCCCGGGAUAUUCGGCUCUGAAUUUCAAGACUUUGUGAACAAAUGUUUGGUUAAGAAUCCUGCAGAGAGAGCAGACCUGAAACAGUUGAUGGUGCAUUCUUUCAUCAAACUGUCUGAAGCAGAGCAGGUCGACUUUGCUGGCUGGUUGUGCAGCACCAUUGGACUCAAUCAGCCUGUGACCCCCACCCACGGUACAGCAAUGUGA